AUAUCAGGUCAUAUUUCAAGCAGAUAACUUGUAGAUAACAAAUCAAGACACCCACAAAAUGGCGACCGGUGACGAUUUCACAAAAUCUAUCGCUGAAGGACCAGAGCAGAUUUUCGACACAUGUUCUCCGUGUUCAGAAUCCGGAAGUACAAAAGAAGCGGAUAAAUUCUGUGUUGAGUUCUGUGCUAAAUGUCUGCUGGAUCAUAACAAAUUCCCGGCGUUAAGAUCACACCAGAUUUUAGACAAGCCCGGACAAAACAAUCGAAAUGAAACUGGGACGAGCCUGCCGACAGAGCGAUGUUCAAUCCACCAUGGAAAGUUGGUUGACAUGUUCUGUAAAGAUCAUGACGAAGUGUGCUGUGCAGCUUGUAUUGCUAUGAAACACAGGGCAUGUGUAAAUGUGGACUAUAUUCCUAGCAUUUCAAACGGUAUACGAGACAGUGCUGAGUACAAGGACACCAAACAUUCACUUCAAAAUAUUCUAACUAAGAUGAAACAAAAAAGAGAAGCAAGAAACAAUAAACUGAAUGAUCUUGAGAAGCAAAAGAAUAAGUUGUUAGAAGACGUAGACAGCUUCAAAGAAGAACUGAUCAAGAGGAUAAAAGAGCUUGUCGACAGUUCAAAGGAGCAAGUAUUUUCAAAGUAUAAAGUAUGUAAGAAAGUAAUACAGUCAGAUUUAGAUACUUUAGAUACUGUCAUUUCAACAACGACAAAAAGUGAACAGAAAUUGUCCAGUAAAAACGAAGCUCAAUUGUUUGUGAAUAUUAAAACAAGCAAAGUUUCAAUAAUGGAUUGUGAAGUUCUUUUGAGUGACAUGUCAAAAGUUAGAACAAAUGAAGAACUGAAGUUAACAUUAAAUCAAGGCCUGAAGAAAACUCUGGAUUCGCUGGGAUGUGUAGUUGAUGCUGAAGAAGAAAUUAAAGAAUACAGAGCAACAUUGUAUGGAAAAUUCAAGAUUGAUCCACAGCACUGUCAAAUAAGUGGUAUAUGUACUAUGGAUGACGGGACAUAUGUGAUUGCCGAUUAUACACAUUCAAAACUUAAGAGACUGAACGGAAGCUUCAAGGUUGAAGAUCAUAUUAAGGUUGGUGGAAAUCCCUGUUCAAUAUGCAGAACAGGGCCAAACGAAAUUGCUGCAUUUCUUCAUGGUAUAAAUACGAUACAGUUUGUGUCUGUUGGACAAAGAAUGGAACUGAAAACAGCAUUUAAUGUCGACAGAUCAGCAGUCGGAGUUUCCUAUGAUAUUUUACAAAGUUCCUUGUUGGUGUGCGGCGGAAAUCAAGUUUCUGUUUAUACAAAAGCAGGAGUCUUGUUGAAAACAUACGAAAAGAAAGAAACUGGUGAGCAACUGUUUAAGUUUGCUAUACAAUUGGCGUUUAAUACACAAAAUCAGUUAAUAUUCGUCACUGAUGAAAGUGGUGGAAAAAUUAAGGCUUUGGUCAAGGACGGUAAGACAAUUUGGACAUUCUGUGAUCCCAAGUUAACAAGGCCCUGGGGAGUGUGUGUCUUGCCGGGUGAUAUUAUCUUGGCGAGUGGGCUAGCUUCCACCAAUGUAUUACAGAUUGACAAAAAUGGCAGAAAGAUUGGAGAGUUGCUAGGAGCUUCCGAGAAAUUAAACCAACCGUUCUCUUUAACUUUUGACAGGAAACACUCUAGACUGCUAAUAGGAAACAAUUCAAAUGAAAUACACGUGUACACAUUAUCUAAAAAAUAUGUUUUGUAGUACCUAUGCCGCGUGUACACAAUCAAAACUGGUAAAUUAUUGAAUUAUGCUAAUGAACAGUGACUGCUUUUGAUGGUAAACCAUUUUUCUACAAAACAUUAUAGGCAGUUUUGUGUUCGUCAAAAUGAAGUUAUUUAAACAUAGGAGUAUAUAGAUCUAAGCAGGUUUAGCCAAUUCGUCAUGUAACAAUUUUGGUUUACAUCCACUUAGUAUUGUUCACAUUCUUGACAGCUUUUUGCAAUUUAAUACGUUUUAAUCUAAAGAUUACUUAAACUAACUGAAUAGUACAUCUUGUAUUUUAGCUUUUGUUCAGUGCUGCUUUCUAACAGUGAAUAUCAGAAUAAUUCACUGUGUACCGAGUCCAAUGGUCAGUCAAGGUUUUUUUGAACUGUUGUACAGUUCCGACUUAGUAUUUUACAAGUCGACCAUUGGAGUGUUUAAUAUCAGAGGACAGAAAUACUCCAAACAAAUGACUCUUUGACUUUGGAAUUCUCUGUUGGAUAUUUAUCAUUGCUUAAUCUAUUCACUAGUAAAAACAUCUUAAAAAUUCUCUUCUGUUUACAUUUAUAAGCAUAAAGCAUUUUAGUAAAUUCUGUUAAAACUGUAGGACCAAGUUAGUACUUCCUACAUACGUAUUUACACAUUUAUAAUUAAUCAAUGAUAUAAAAGAUUUCUCCUUCUACUUGAAAUACUGAAACAGGUUUUGGCACAUGAUAAAGUGAUUUCUGGAUUUGUCAGCAAAAUGCUACUUUUUCAGUAUCAUUUAUGAUUUAAAGCUGUGAAAUUUAUAUUGAUUCUACAAGCUUCUAACAGUAAUUCUGUACGAAUAGCAUUGUGAUAUGAAUUAUGUAAUAAAACACGAAGUUCAUCCUCAACUGUAGUGGAACAAUUAAAACAAACUUUGUUAGUAACAGGAAGACCAUUAUACCUAUCAUUCCAGUUUCUAUAUGUAUUGGAGAUACACCUCUCCAAAACAUAGCAAGUGCACCUUGAUAUGAUUUUUUUAAAACAAUCUCACAAUACUUUUCUACUUCAGAAUUAUUCUGUUUAAAUGUAUAAUACAGUCUAUGCUUAUUUCCACCUACACCGCUACUAUCAGUAUUACGAUUUACAUCACAAUGCAAUUGUUCUACAAAUUCAUUUAAGCUAGUAGCCUAAGGUAAGAUUACAUCGAAAAUAUCACUUUUAUUAACAAAUAUCACAAAACCCUGUCAUAAUUAUAUUCUUCAAUCUUUGACACACAAGGAAAUUCCAGUUUUUACAUUUAUUGCUAGUUUUAUUAUUUGCCCAUCUAACAACUUUCCUAUUUAACCUUGUCCCAUCCAUAUUUACUUUACAACAAUAUAAUUUCAUAGUUUUCCAAAAUAAACUUGUUACUGGGCAUCCUAUAUCCCCACAGAUAUUUGAAAUUCUUAAUUUGUGUUGUACCAUACCAUGUAUUUUAUAUUACUAGUACUGAAAUAAAUCAAUCAAUCAAUCAAACAGACCGACGCAUUUGUGGUAUAUCUACCAAUAUUUGAAAAAUACCUAUUUGCUCUGUUCUGAACUGCAUUUAUGUAUGUAAACGUUUCGGUACCCCAUACACAUGAAGCAUAUGUGAUAACAGAACAAACCGUAGUUUGUUAUAUCUGUGUUGUUUCAAUUUUAAGUAUAUUUAUGUACA